CAUCCUCCAAAUCUACAUUGUGACAACGACAGUCGCAGGGCAUCAAUAUGCCAAAGGAGAAAUCACUCAACCCCGUUGCGGCUCAGCGCAAAGCCGACAAGAAGAAGGAAAUCAACAAAUCCAAGCGGAAUGUGCAGGAUCAGCGCAAUGAAAAGCUCGCGCGGCGAAAUCCCGAACGUCUUCAAAAGCAGAUUGAUGAACUGAAGGAAGUGGAAACGCGCGGUGUAUUGCGACCAAAGGACAAGGAGACACUUGCGCAGCUCGAACGAGAUGUGAAGGGCAUUAGGCGCGCACGAGAGGCUCUUGGUGAUAGAGCACCGCAAUUCCGCAGCCAAGAGCGCAGAGAACGAAACGAUGCACGGCAAGAGCAGCGAGAGCGAAGGCACAAUUUAGGCAAAAGACGGCGAGACUCAGAACAUGCGCACGACAGCGGCAGCGACACAGAUCCCGAAGUGAGGCAUAUUCCGAUGCCCAGAGACACGCCUCCACCCAUCCCUCGAGAAAAGUGUACAGAUCCACGACUUGGGCCAGAUGGACAGCGAGUGCCGCACGCGUUGCCCUCCAAACCUGCUCCUACUCCUGCUGCACCGCCGCAGCUCGUUUACAGCAGUGCACCGCAACUACGCGAUCUGAAAAAGGAGGCUGUCAAAUUUGUGCCUGCUGCAGUACGGGCUAAGCAGAAACAGGUCAAGGGAGAAGGGCGGUUGCUGGAGCCCGAAGAGAUGGACAAUUUGGAGAAAGCGGGCUACUACGCUGCGAAUAAAGCCGCACAGGCAGCUGGCGAAGAGGUCCACUACAGAGAAGCUCAAAACGCGGAGAAGGCAGUCGCUGGCGAUGAUGGGGACAUGGACGAAGUUAGCAAACUCCAGCAGGAAUUGACCUCCAUCUUUCCCGAAGAAGAGGAAUCUGUUCCAAGGAGGCAAGUCAUGGUCGAAGACGUUGAUGGCGAGGAUGAUUGAUGGAGGAAGGGAUCGAUCCUUGAGUGUGCGACGUCCGCUGGCGCUAUGAGGAGACAUGGAGCAGAGAGAUUCCAGUCUGCCUACAAGAAUCAAAAUUCCACUGCCAGUCUG